GGGAAAAUCCUCAGAAAUUAUUUACUUCCGAUUCUUCAAAAACACCGCCCGGUCAGAGAAAGAAAGUAAAUCCAUUGAACAUUUUAUCAAAAAAACAAAUUAUUACUAGGUAGAGAACGAGCCAAAAAAAAAAGCAGAUGGUCUCAAAUCCGGUCUGAAAUGUUGCCGAUAUCAACAUGUUGUGUGGUUACGAGGGUUUCGUAAUCUUAGAAUUCGUAAUUGCCGAUGAUUUUGCCUCAUUCUGCUUAAAUUUCCAUGUAAUAAGGGUUUCUUCUUUCAGAAUUGGAAAAAUAAGUCUGUUGUUCAAGGCAGUCGACAAAUUGAAAGCUCGUGGAAAUCGGAAAACUUCUUCAUGGCGGUGUAAAAUAGGGAAAGAAGUGGGAAGGUGCAGGUUAUUUUGAGAGAAAGGGAAGGAACUUGAGGCGGUGAAUCACAUGGACAGAACAGGGACAAAUUCGCCCUCGGACGUGGCGGUGGACACGAGCCCGCUGCUGGGAAACGGCAAUGGAUCAAAUACGAGUGAGGAAAGCAACGGCAGAAGUAACUUGCCUCGGAGGGCAAGCAUUCAGGGGGCGGCUCGCUUCUUACGCAGGGCCAGCAGCAGAAGAAUUAUGAGGGAGCCCUCCAUGCUAGUCCGCGAGACGGCCGCCGAGCAGUUGGAGGAGCGGCAGAGCGAUUGGGCUUAUUCUCGUCCUGUUGUCGUGCUUGACAUAAUUUGGAACCUCGCAUUUGUUAUCGUUGCCGUAGCCGUGCUGAUUUUGAGCAGGGAUGAAAGACCUAAUAUGCCUAUCAGGGUUUGGGUGGUAGGUUAUGCACUGCAGUGCCUGCUGCACAUGAUUUGCGUCUGCUUCGAGUACAGAAGGAGACACAGCAAUAACCCGCAGCAGCAACAGAGGGCGGCUUCAGGCGGCAAUUCCAGUGGCCAGCAGAGCCCUGGUGGAACUCAGGAUUCUGAAAGCGACAGCACCGACGAGGAAGCGGAGGAAGGGAUUCCACCCGACCGCACCAGCAUAGCAAAGCGGUUGGAGUCUGCCAACACGAUGUUUUCAUUCAUAUGGUGGAUAGUUGGAUUUUACUGGAUAUCUGCUGGUGGUCAGGUUCUUACUCAUGAUGCCCCCCAACUUUAUUGGCUAUGCGUCGUAUUUUUGGCAUUCGAUGUAUUUUUUGUAGUAUUUUGUGUAGCCCUGGCCUGUGUGAUUGGCAUAGCUGUCUGCUGUUGUCUUCCAUGCAUUAUUGCUAUUCUAUAUGCUGUGGCAGAUCAGGAAGGAGCAUCUGAAGAGGAUAUUAGCCUUCUUCCAAGAUACAAGUUCCGGUCAUAUGGUGGAUCUGAAAAAAAUAAUGGAGAUAAAUCUGGGCAACAUGGAGGAAUUAUGAACUUAUGUGGUGGAGAAUCGUCAAAUGAUCGUCCUCUUUCUGCAGAAGAUGCUGAGUGCUGCAUCUGUCUCUCUGCUUAUGAAAAUGACGUUGAGUUGCGUGAGCUUCCUUGUAGCCAUCAUUUUCAUUGCACGUGCAUUGACAAGUGGCUACGAAUCAAUGCCACAUGCCCUCUUUGCAAAUACAACAUCAUAAAGAGUAGCAGCAAUAACAGGGAGGAUGUUUAAUAUUGUCUUUUGUCUAUGAGAUUUAUUUGUUUCUAACUAAAUUAUCAAGCUCUGCUGUUUCAUAUUGUUUCUUAGAGGCUACUUAAACCAUAACUAUGAUUUGUGAGCACCUUGGCAUAUAAAUAGGCGUAUCUUGUGUGUUCCUUUUGGAUAUUUGCAACCAAGCAUUCUGCUUUCGGAAUAUCUCUAAAUUGAAUUUUGAAAAAAGUUAAUACUAGAAUGUGCAUAAAUAGAUUAGAGAUCUGAGGUUGUUGCCAGAAGAUACACCAUACCUAUGAAAAAUUGAUGUCUUGGCUGCCUACUGAUUCAAGCACAUUUCUAGUAUAGAAUUACAUAGGAUAGAAACAAUAGUUGCUGAAUCAAGAGACGGAAAAUUCAAUUACAAUGUAUUCGGAUAUAUUUGUGUAUAAGAAACAAUUCAAAAAUGGGAUUGGAUAUCAGUUUGGGAAUC